AUGCUGUCUACAAAUCAGCUGCAAUUAGCUUUUCAGGCAGAUCUCAUAGAUGUUGUGUGUGUCAAUCGAUACUACGGCUGGUACAUUGACAUGGGCAAGCUGGACUGGAUUAACCAAAGUGUAUACUGGGAUAUCACACAGUGGUCGGACAAGUAUAAACGACCCAUAUUGGUAACAGAAUACGGUGCUGAUAGUCUUCCAGGUUUGAAUCAGGAGCCGUCUGUGGACUUUUCCGAGCAGUAUCAAAAUGAUCUCAUUGUACGAACGCAUCAUGCGUUCGACGUUCUCCGUAGUGAACAUCGACUUGCUGGAGAGAUGAUAUGGAACUUCGCCGACUUCAUGACCGGCAUGACAACAACCCGAGCUGUCGGCAAUCACAAAGGGGUGUUUACUAGGACACGGCAAGCAAAAAUGGCUGCCUAUACGCUCAGAAAUCGAUACUUGUCGCUCUUUAACCAAACGGAUUUGGAGAUAUGGAAAUAA